GAGGGCAGGUGCGGCCUGCAAGACGCCACCCUGCCCGCAGCCCCCAGCCCUGCUGAGACGGGCCAGGAACAGGAAGUGCUCAGAACCUUUCCUCUGGUUGCCAUGGUGCCCACAAUCGGGAAACCAAGGGCAAGCUCUCCUGCCAAGGCACCUUGGCCUCUAAGAAGAACAGGGCGAGCCCCCGCAUGUCAUGAGCGCUCUCAGGAUUCAGGGUGAGAAGGCGAGCGGCCCGCAGCGAUCCUGUCACUCUGAGACCAAGGCCACGGAACUGUCUCUGUUCGACCCGCUUCUCUUGUGAACACCCCCGCCCAGGGCUGCGAGGAGGCUUUGGAUCCGUGUUUCUUGCGCCCUCCCCUGGGUGUCGUCACCACGACCGUGCAUGAAAAUGCUGCAUCCGCAGCACAGAGCCCGGCUGGAACGCCGGAUGGUUGGCUCGACCAAUCGGUGGCGUUUUCCCAGAGAGGCUUUCUCCGGGGACCUGCUGGGACUUUCCCAGAUGUGCAAGGCUUUGAACGUGGACUUUGAAGAAGUUUUGAAGAACCCAGACAGGUUAUGCAUUUCACAAAUCCAGAAAAUUUUCUCGGGGAACUUGAAGAACAAGACCAUCCCAAGUGGGGAGGCAGACGUGAUUCUCACCUGUCUGGGCUCCAAAUGGCAACUCCACCAGCCCCAACUUUUCCAGUCGGAGACCUUGGCCAAGCUCUUCCUGAUGGCACUGGCCCAGGGCACCACAAGCCCCACAAAGGAACUGGAGAGGCUUCUGCGAGCCCACUUGCGUGGGAAUGUCAAGGAAAGACCCCCCAUAAAGAAGAUGAUCAUUUCCUUGAAGAUCAAUGACCCCCUGGUCACUAAAGUUGCCUUCGCCACGGCCCUGAAGAACCUCUACCUGAGCGAGGUGGAGAUCAACAUUAACGACGUGCUAGGCGUGCUGGCUUCUGCGCACAUUCUCCAGCUCAGCAGCCUGUUUCAGAGGUGUGUGGCCAUGAUGAUGAAUGGACUCAUGCCGAGCACCAUCAAGGACUUCUACCUGGCCGGCUGCAAGUAUAAGCAAGAGCAGCUCACCACUGCCUGUGAGAAGUGGCUGGAAAUGAACUUGGUCCCUCUGGUGGGGACGCAGAUCCACCUCCGGAAAAUCCCACAGGAGCUGCUCCACAAAGUGCUUCGGUCCCCCAGGCUGUUCACUUUUAACGAGUUUCAUCUUCUGAAAACGCUACUUUUGUGGGUCUUCUUGCAACUGAACCACAAAAUCCAGACGGUUCCGGUGCAUGAAACUGUGCUGGCGUUUUUUAAAAGCUUCCCCAAGAAGCAUUCCUUUCUGGAGCAGGACGCAGGACAGAGCUUGGUGCCCCUCUUCCUUUGCCUGCGCCUGCACGGAAUCAUCAAAGGCAAAAAUCUGGAGGAGUUAAGGCACAUUAAUUUCUUCCCGGAGUCCUGGUUGAUCCGAGUUACAGCCAACCAUUACCACGCACUGGAGAAUGGAGGUGACAUGGUCCAUGUGAAAGAUCUCGCCACCCAGGCUAUGAGAUUCGGGCUGCUCUUUAACCAGGAGUAUACAACUCAUUCAGAAAUGAUUGCCGUAUAUGGAUUCUUCUUUGAGAUAAAGGGAAUCAAACAUGAUACUACCUCUUAUAGUUUUUACAUGCAGAGAGUAAAGCACACUGACUUGGGGUUCCCGUCCUUGCUCUAUGAGCACGGCCCUGUUAGCCUGAGAACAGAGCGCUUGGUGAAGUACGAGAUCAGAGCCCAGACCCUGGUGGACGGCAAGUGGCAAGAGUUCAGGACCAACCAGAUCACCCAGAAGUUUGGGUUCGUCAAGCCAUCCUGCAAAAGCCAUGCCCUGAAAGUCCAAACUGUGGGCAUCCCAAUCUAUGCAAGUUUUUCAUUCAUCUUCCCAACAUCUUGACAAUUUCCAGAAGGAUCUACGGGAUUUUUCCUUCUUCCACCAGUCUGCAUAAAAGAAAAUAAAAUGACAUUGAAGGGACCACUCAAGCCUUCAGCUGACUUUCCUAGCUGGCCAUGGUCUUAGUAGAACUUUUGCCCACUGUCUCAGCCGGGCUACUGUCACAGAGUACCACAGGUGGGGGAACUUAUAACAACAGUCGUUUAUCACUCACUGUUCUAGAGGCUGGGUGUCCAAGAUCAAGAUGCUGGCAUAUUCAGGGUAGGUUCUGGAGGGGACUGGCUUCCUAGUUCAAAAACAGCCAUCUUCUUGCUAGGUCCUUGGAGGGUAAAAGGGACUAGGGGACUCUCUGAGGCCACUUUCUAAGGGUUAGAGUGGUGUCCUUGUGACCUAAUCACCUCACAAAAGCCCCACAUCCUAAAACCAUCAGCUUUGGGGGUUAAGAUUCAACACAGGAGUUCUGGGGAGACUUUCAAACCGGAGCACCACGUUUGUAUCAUUUGUGGAUGGAAAAUACCAGACCUGAGUCCAUUUGCCAUCCUUCACCUCAGAGCACCUGGAGGCCAGCCCUAACUUACUGCCUUCACAGGAGCACUGUGAUGGGAGUGUCAGCACUUGACAACAUUCUCCAACUGGAAGUACCAAGUGCUCCCCUUUUCAUGAUGCUUCUCCACCUGCUGACCAGGACACACCUGACCUCUGUCCCUGCAGUUUUUUGGGGAGGACAGGGAGGGAAGGGAACAAUUACAAGAUAGAGAGGGACUUGCAGACCGUCUGCCUUUUUAAAUGAAGUUCAGUGGUUUGGAGAAAGUGAGUUAGAGAGCCUUUCUUCCCACUUUGUGGAUUAGUUUUCUAUUGCAGUGUAGCAAAGUCCCAUAAAUUCAGGCUUGAAACAACAUGCAUUUAUUAUUUCACAUUUGUUGCAGAUUAGGAGUUCAGGUAGCUUCGCUGGGUCUCCUGUUCAGGGUCUCCCAAGUCUACAGUCUAGAGGCAGCAGAGCUGUGUUCUCAUCUGAAGGCACGACUGGGGAGAACCCAUGUCCCAGUUCAUGGAGUUGGCAGAUUUAUUUUCUUGCAACUGCAUAACUGAGGGCCUGGCUGCUUACUGGCUGUUGGGAGAAAAGCAUCUAGGCCCCAGUAACCCCCAAAUUCCCUGCUGGCCAUCUCUACAGACAUUUCAAAGCAUGGCUCUUUAUCCUUCAAUGGUCUUUAUCCUUCAGUCUCUUUGAUGCUAGUCUGCUAAGACAGAGUCUUGUAUGAGGUAAGGUAACUUAGGAGUGACACCCCAUCACCUUAGCCAUAUUCUCUGGACUAGAAUUGAGUCACAUGUUCCACCCACACUCAAGGGAAGAGGACAAUACAAGGGCGCAUCCUGAAGUGUGUCCACCACAAUGGGUUAUCCAGUGUCUUUGGAAGAGUGAUAGAGCAUCCUCUGUGCAUCAUACUGUGCAGACAAAAAGGUAGGUAAAUUUAGUCUAACAAUCACCUUAGAAUCAGACAUGGGCCUAGGGAAAUCCUUCCAGCAGAAGACUGAUGCUCUGUACAGGGUAAAACGGGAGGGAGAGAGGCUGGUGGGAAGAUGGGAAGGCAGCCCAGCGGAGGCUUUGGAGGAGAGGGACGGAUGCAUUCUUUCCCAUGUGCAUCCCCCCUUCUCUUCUGCAAGCCCCAUCCCAUCUCCCUCUAGAGUUUGCUUCUGGCUGGGUCCAGACCAUGAGAAGAAGUGGCAGGGGUUUGAAGGACAAGAGACUGGGAGAAGCCAGAUAUUUUCAGCAAUGGCUGUGUCUUCUUCAUGGCUUCUGCCUGGCAGCCUCCUGCCAUGGUCCCAGUGCCACCAAAUGGCCCUACUUCUGGGUCUGUGUCCCUUCAGCGCGAGGGGCAGUGCAGCCUUCCUUCUACUGCUGGUCUCUGGGCUUCCCCCUUCUCCUGUUUGACUUCUUAGUUCUUCCUUCAUCUCCACGAUCAGUUCUCUGUAUCAUAUUUAUACUGUGUGUAAUCCCUGGAGUCCCAUGUGCUUUCCAGAUAAAUCCUUGACAUAAAGGGUUUUGAGAAGUUGGUCAGCGUGGCGCAGUGGGAUAGAUUGUUGGAAAGCACUGCCUCGAUUAUGCUUCCCAUCCCUGCAGGGCUGGGGCGAGGGUCAGACAAGUCGGG